AUGAUGGAUACGCCACCUCCCUUCUGCACGGCUACGUUCACUGAUUUAUCCAAUAAAAUGGCCACGAUGGAAGAGAAAACUAAGUUUGAAGAGAUGAAGCCUAAGAAAUUGCAAGCAGAUAUGGCAAGCAGACAGAGCAAAGUAAAGAGUUCUGGGAAGAAAAAGAUUGGGAAACAUCCAGGAGUUCAGAGAAAGAAAGCGAAAUCAAAAUGUGAUGAAAAGUUUAUAUCUACAAAAGUGGCAAGGAGACCGGAGACGUAUAGCUCAGCUUAUGAUCAACCAUGUGACAAAGAAGAUGAAACUGAGAAGACAAAUCCUCAAGACACUACCACUGAAGUAUUUCGUUUUAGCAAAGAAGAUAAACAAGAAAUACUGGGGAUGAAAGAUCAUGUGCAGUCUAUUGCAUGGAGUUUGAAACACCAAAAACCCAUAAUCACACUCUAUGAAAAAGAUUACAAAGAAACCAAACGAAAAAUUAUUGACAAAUAUGCAAAUAAACUUGGUGGAAACCAUAAAUUUGUUUUUGAAAGAGUUCAUCAAAAUCCAAGAAUGAUUUCCACCUAUCACGAUGCCAUGUUACGAUGGGCUGUUUUCUCUGAUGUAUCUUCCUCUGGAACAGUGGGAGGGUAUGUGUCAAAAGGUGAAAAUGUUUGGUAUGCUGCAACAUGUAGGCAUAUUUUUGCCCCUCAUAAAAGGGGUGAUAGAGCAUGUCAAUUUUUAGAUGAGAACAAGGUUGAGCACAUAGGUACAAUAGAUUACCAUAUUGAUAUGACUGAUGAGGUGUGCACUGGGAAUGAUAAUAUUCCAUUCACUUUCGAUAUUGCCCUGGUAAAAUUGAGUUCAAAUCUAAAUUCUAUGAAUAACAGAAGCAUUUGCAAUUGUAAACUGUUUGAAUUUGAAAGCUUGGAAGAUCUUGAGAGAAAUCUUGGUGGCAAAGUGGUGCAAAAAAUCGGUAAUGCAAGUAAGUUGACCAAGGGGUUAGUAGACAAGGUAUAUUGGGGAGCCUUAAAUGUAGAUGGUAAAGAUACCAAAGUGAAUAAUUCUCUGUUCAUUGAAAAUGAAGAGAAAGGUGCACCCUUCUCCAUACCAGGUGACAGUGGUGCAUUUCUCUAUAUGAAAGAAAAAAAUGUCAAUUGGAUAAUAGGUAUGUGCUACUUGGUUGGAAAAUCACCAGAUAGUAAGAAAACUAGUGUAGUUUUUCCUCUGGCCAAUGCUCUGAAUGAGGCAAUUCUUAAAAAAUAUCCCAAUGACUUCAGACCUGGCCAGAAGUUCAAUGUAAAUUGUGGGGGGCAGAUUUGUGAUACAGAAAAAAACCUUUUAUCUGUACCAAAGAAAAAAAGAAAUAGAAUCCAUAGAAUGAAACCCUACCCUACACCUAGAAAGAGGAAUUAUAAAUAAAAGGUGCAUUAAUACCUACUAA